AUGAGUACCGAAGUUGUCUUUGAAGACGAAUCAGAAUUUAUUGCAACAGUUUCAGACAUCAGAAAUGACAAUAGUGAAAUAGCAUACGUGGUUUGUGGACACAUUGAUGGCAAUCCAAAUUUGAUUAAGAUUCUGUUUACUGGAAAGGAUACAUCUGAAAUAAGUUCUAAAAUGGACCCAAAUGAAGCCAUGUAUGUGUUGGCCAGAUAUGAAGUCAAAUUUGACCAGUUAGUGAAUGGCAAGUUCAUUUAUAUUCAUUGGAUUGGAGAAAAUGUCCCUAUUAAACAGAAAGGUCGCUACAUUGUUGUCCGUGGAAGUGUUGAGCCUAGAUUCUCUCCAUACCAUUUACAAGUGGAGGCUAGCAACCCUGAAGAUUUAGACUCAGAGAAGAUGUUUCACAUGUUGAAUGAAACAACAGGGAUCACAUCAAGGGUCAUAGAAACGGUUGAGGUUCCUCCCUGGCAGAUGAGGGGAUUCACGCAGACUCAGUUGCCACAGCGGGAGAAGAAGACACAUUUUGACGUCGUCGCUGUGUCUGCUAAGGGUGCCGAAGUAGAUGUCUUACCCGAUGUGUUUGAAGCAGUCUCUAAAGUGAGGUCAGAUGAUGAUCCUGCUACGUGGAUGGUUGCUGGAUACAUGGAUGCGAAUCCUGAUGGUCCUAUUCAGUGCAUUGACUGCGGUGAAGGAGGUUUAGAUGAUCUGACAGGCUGCCUUGAAGACCUGACACCCAUGUACGGUCUGUUCCGUGUCACACACACAGAUAGUGAUGACAUCACAACAAUCAAAUUUGUGUACAUUGUUUGGAUUGGUACCGAUGUCAAACCAUUAACAAAGGCAAAGGUUUCCACCCACAAAGGCAUGGCGGAGGCCUUGUUCGGCCCUGUACAUGUCAGAGUCUAUGCUUCUGAGAUUUCUGACAUCAACGAAAACAACAUCAUGGACAAGAUAAGGCAGCAAGCAGCUCAAUAG